GGCGACGCGCGUGCCCUGUGGCCAAACACUGCCCGGAGUGAGAGCAAACUACCAGCGCAGUGGGGCCGGCGCGAAUGUGCGUGUGUAUGUGCGUGUGUGUGUGCGAGAGAGCGAGGGAGCGCAGGGUGGGGGGGACCAACUGCUUCACACUUUCAACACUGCACUGAAGAGGGAGAGAGAGAGAGACUGGAGACGCACAGAUCCCCCAAGAUCUUCCAAGGCUACCGUCCCACAGAUUAUAGAACAGAGCCCCAAAUAUCGAAACAGAGAAAACGGACAGCGGUUGAACAUGGACGAAGGAAUUGCUCAUUUGCAAGAAAGACAGUUACUGGAACAUAGAGAUUUUAUAGGACUGGACUAUUCCUCUUUGUAUAUGUGUAAACCCAAAAGGAGCAUGAAGCGAGACGACAGCAAGGUACGUGAUACCUACAAAUUACCGCACAGAUUAAUAGAGAAAAAAAGAAGAGACCGAAUUAAUGAAUGCAUUGCUCAACUGAAAGAUUUACUGCCUGAACAUCUGAAAUUGACAACUCUGGGGCAUCUGGAGAAAGCGGUAGUCUUGGAAUUAACUUUGAAACACUUAAAAGCUUUAACAGCCUUAACGGAGCAGCAGCACCAGAAGAUAAUUGCUUUACAGAAUGGGGAGCGAUCUCUGAAAUCGCCUAUUCAGUCUGACUUGGAUGCGUUCCACUCGGGAUUUCAAACAUGCGCCAAAGAAGUCUUGCAAUACCUCUCCCGGUUUGAGAGCUGGACGCCCAGGGAGCCGCGGUGUGUCCAGCUGAUCAACCACUUGCACGCCGUGGCCACCCAGUUCUUGCCCACCCCCCAGCUACUGACUCAACAGGUCCCACUAAGCAAAGGCACCGGCGCUCCCUCGACCGCAAUACCCGCCGGGUCCGCGGCCGUCCCUUGCCUGGAGCGCGUGGGGCAGAAGCUGGAGCCCCUCGCCCACUGCGUGCCUGUCAUCCAACGGACUCAGCCCAGCAAUGAGCUCGCCGCCGAAAACGACACGGACACCGACAGCGGCUACGGCGGCGAGGCCGAGGCCCGGCCGGAUCGCGAGAAGGGCAAAGGCGCGGGGGCGAGCCGUGUCACUAUCAAGCAGGAGCCCACCGGGGAGGAUUCGCCGGCGCCCAAGAGGAUGAAGCUGGAUUCCCGCGGCGGCGGCGGAGGCCCGGGGGGCGGCGCGGCGGCUGCAGCAGCCGCGCUCCUGGGGCCCGACCCGGCCGCCGCGGCCGCGCUGCUGAGACCCGACGCCGCCCUGCUCAGCUCGCUGGUGGCGUUCGGCGGAGGCGGGGGCGCGCCCUUCGCGCAGCCCGCGGCCGCCGCGGCCCCCUUCUGCCUGCCCUUCUACUUCCUCUCGCCCUCGGCGGCCGCCGCCUACAUGCAGCCGUUCCUGGACAAGAGCGGCCUGGAGAAGUACCUGUACCCGGCAGCCACCGCCCCGUUCCCGCUGCUGUACCCCGGCAUCCCCGCCCCGGCGGCCGCCGCCGCCGCCGCUGCCGCCGCCGCCGCCGCCGCCGCCUUCCCUUGCCUGUCCUCGGUGUUGUCGCCCCCUCCCGAGAAGACGGGCGCAGCCGCCGCGACCCUCCUGCCGCACGAAGUGGCGCCCCCAGGGGCGCUGCACCCCCAGCACCCGCACGGCCGCACCCACCUGCCCUUCGCCGCACCCCGCGAGCUGGGGAACCCGGAGAGCUCUGCUCAGGGAGAUCCCUCGCAGCCAGGAAAGGAAACCGCCUGAAUCCUUGCGCCGCGUUCUUAGAAAGGACGGGCUCAAGAGGAAUAAUAAUAUUAAUAAUAAUAAAACACCCUUACGUUUUUAAGGGAGGAAGUGUAAUAGAUGCACGACAGGCUUUAAAAAAAAAAACAGGUGUUUUUUGUACAUUCGGAGUUUCUGUUUUGUUCAUCCCUCACCACCCCAUCCUCCACACACCAACAUCCCUUUCUUCCCCCACUGGCUGUAAAAGACCCUCUGCCAUACAUACUCUUUUUACGUUAAAUAACCUUCCAAAACAAGUUUUGCUUCCCUUUCGGCCAUGUUCUAUUAUCUUUAAAAAUGUAGAACCUAAUU